GGAGAUGUGAGAGGGAGGGGAAGCAAAAUGUCCAAGGUGGUGCAGUGCAGUAUAUAAAUGCAAGAAAAUCUCCGCAGUCUUCUGAAUGCUAGAGGGGUGGAACCAAGAAUUGAAGCAGACAUCAUUGGGGCAGGAGGAGAAACGGCCAGUUAAACUUCAAGGAAGAGCCAUUUUGGCACUGACGAGCAACCCAGAGCAAUGUCACUGGCUGGGGUAAGCUGUCUGGUGACUGGAGCAGGAGGAUUUCUUGGCCAGAGGAUUAUCCAGUUACUUCUGGAAGAAGAGGAGGCACUGGCUGAGAUUCGGCUGCUGGACAAAGCCUUUAGCAGUGAAGCACUCAGGAGCUUUGGAAAAUUCCAGGGCAAGACAGAGGUGAAAAUCCUGGAGGGGGACAUCCGAGAUGUGACGUUCCUGUACCGUGCCUGCCAGGGGGUCUCCCUUGUCAUCCACACAGCUUCUGUCAUUGACUUCUUGGGCCUUGUAGAGACACAGAUGCUCUGGGAAGUCAACGUAACAGGUACUCAGAUGCUGCUGGAGGCGUCUACCCGUUGUAAUGUCCAGCACUUCAUAUACACCAGUACCGUAGAAGUGACAGGCCCAAACUGCAAAGGUGACCCAGUAUUCAAUGGUGAUGAAGAUACAGUUUAUGAGUGUAUGUCAAAAUCCAUUUAUGCCCAGAGUAAGAGACUGGCAGAGGACUUUGUGCUGAAAGCAGAUGGCCAGGUGUUGAAGGAUGGUGGUGUGCUGCUGACUUGUGCCCUGAGAUCCAUGUACAUUUUUGGAGAAGGAUGCCCAUUUCUUCAAGGUCAUCUGGAUAAGUGUCUGUUGAACAAAAAUGUCUACCUACGCUUCUCCAGGAAGGAGGCUUUAGUGAACCCUGUAUAUGUGGGGAACAUUGCCUGGGCACAUGUGCAGGCAGCCAAAGCUUUGCAGGUCCCACAGAAAGCCAGACAUAUCAGGGGGCAAUUCUACUACAUCUCAGAUGACACUCCUCAUAUGAGCUAUGCAGACCUAAAUUAUGAGCUUACCAAGGACCUGGGGUUUGGAAUUGAGCCCCGGCUCCCCAUGCCUCUGUCAGUGUUGUAUUACUUCUCGCUGCUGCUGGAGAUCAUGAGCUUCUUGCUCAGGCCCUUUGUCAGGUACGUCCCCUCCACCAACCGUCACCUGGUCACCCUCCUGAACACCCCAUUCACUUUCUCCUAUAGGAAGGCACAAAAGGAUUUUGGCUACAUGCCCCGUUACACAUGGGAAGAGGCCAAGCGUUGCACUGGUCAGUGGAUUGCCUCUGUGGUCCCACAGAGGAGGGAGCACUUGAAAAUCAAGGCUGCCUAAAUCUGAAGAGGAGAUGAGACCUGGCUAAACAAGUAGGGCCAUGAGCUAAAGAAGAGCUGGGUAAACAGCAGCAGCAGCAAACUACAAAUAGAAAAAAAAAAGAAAAAAAAAAAGAAAAGAAAGAAAAGUGUAAUAGCACACUCAUCCCCAAAAACAGGAUAAAUACA